UCCAGGAAGCUGUGUCAACCGAUAAGACAGAGAACUUAUGUAGCUUCAACAAAGACAGCUUUUUCUAUGUUAGCUUUGAAUUGAGUUAAGAGUUGGAAAUACGGUUUGACGUGUGACGAUCUGCCGGCUGGUUUCACUGUACGGUGUGUGGCUGCACACACCCUGACUCCUGGACAUGGCAGGUCUUUGGGGUCUGAAGAUCCUGCUGCUCUGGGCCGGGAUCAUCGGUUUGACCUACUCUCAAGUCACCACAAUUCCAGAUGACACCAAACCCUCCUCACCUCCAAGCACGACCACGAAUCCUGUAGCAGACACGUUGGUCGCCUCCUCACCUCCAAGCACGACCACGAAUCCUGUAGCAGGCACGUUGGUCGCCACCUCACCUCCAAGCACGACCACGAAUCCUGUAGCAGACACGUUGGUCGCCACCUCACCUCCAAGCACGACCACGAAUCCUGUAGCAGGCACGUUGGUCGCCACCUCACCUCCAAGCACGACCACGAAUCCUGUAGCAGGCACGUUGGUCGCCACCUCACCUCCAAGCACGGGUGCAGAUCCUGUAAUAAACCAGUCAGUCUCCUCCUCACCUCCACUCACUGUGAAGCCUUCCACGGUCACAGCACCUACUUCCACAAUCAAAGUCAUCCCAACCACCUCCAAUUCUUCAGUUAGUUUGCCAAAUAACUCCUCCUCUCAAUCAGAGUCUUCAUUUCAAGAAUCCAAUUCAACUACUGUAUCUGUAAUCACUGCUCCUCCUCCAAUCACCUCGAAAGAGACCUCACCCGCAUCCAAUACAUCCAGCACCCAACCAGCCUCUCAGGCAAACAUCCCUCACAAUCAGACCUCACCUCCAGGCACUCCGCCCACCACCACAGUGACAGCUACGACCAAAGCCUCUGAGCCUCCACAGUGUUCUUACACCGUCAAAUACAACAACACGUCUGGCUUGCAGAUUGAAAUAAACCCCCCUGCUAACUACACACUGACUGUUUUUGAAGAAGGCCGACCACAGACUGGAAAGAAAAUCCAAGCUGAUCAUUUAAAGCAAAUCCCAGUAGGGAAAACUGGACACCUGAAGCCGUGCACUGGUUACAGUCUUAAUGUUUCAUUUAUUAAUGAUGCUGGAAAUGAAAUCUUCUGUCACUCUACGAACAAAUCUUUUAGAACAGAUCCAAUGAGUAAAGGAGACGUUAAAGAAACCAGCUGCAUCCCUGGAUAUGUUUGUUAUGGAAGUGACUGGAACAUCAGCUCGUCAAUAUCAACACCAAAUAACCGUUCUGUUGUACGAUGUAGAAAUGACGAGAACACUUUCUGUGUCAGACCUGCUAACGAGGACAUUUGCUCAGAUUUGACCGUAACCUUUACUUCAGGAGAGUGCAGAGGUUCUUCCUUUGACUUCACCAAAAGCAUCAGUGUUGAUUUCUUAAAUUCCAGUGAAAUACAGCAGAUUAAACCCACUGGACUUCCUGCAGAAAUUUACACAACAUUACCUGAUUUACCAAAGUGUAAAAACCUCUCAGUUAGUAACUACACCUGUUCAGACAAACACAAAGCUGAUGUUGUGAAACUGUCUGAGCUGGAGCCGUUCACAGACUACAGCUGUACUGGUCUGAUCUUACAGAACAACACCAGCAUGAAUAAGACGACUCCAUCUGUCCACGUCAGGGUUGAUUGUGAUCUUACAAUAACCAACACAAACAAAAUUUCAUCCGAUACUUCCAUUGAGCUCAGCUGGAAAACAACCAGUAAGAACUGUCAACAGGUCCUUCCCAGCCUUCAUAAGCUUUCUUAUGACUGCAUUUGUGAUGGUCAGACAGGUAAAGUUACAGUCACAAGUCCUGAUGGAGGAACGUGUGUUAUUACUGGAUUGAUUCCAUACACUGGUUAUAAAUGUGGAGUCCGAGCCAAAUACAACAACGAGAUUCAAGUUUCCACUGGACCUGAAGUUAAACUGCAAACUAAGGUUGGAACACCUGCUAAAGUCACUGAGCUGAAAUUACAUGUUCAUGAACAUAAUACGAUCAAAGUAAGCUGGCACGGAUCCUCUACGUUCAACGGACCUGAGGAAAAAUAUAUAAUACGACUAAAUACAGCUGAUGAUAAGGAAGUGACAAAGAAGGAGCUAGAAGGUAAAAAAUAUGAAGUUGAAUUCAAAGAUCUGAGCUACUCUACGACCUACAAAGUGAAGGUGACGGCUUUCAACGGACACUAUGAGAGUGACCCCACAAUAAAAGACAUCAGCACUUUGUACAACGACAAAGCUGUUAUUGGGUUUCUGGUCUUCCUCAUCAUCCUCACGUCUGUGGCUCUGCUUUUUGUCAUCUAUAAGAUCUACAUUUUAAAACGCAGAAAGUCCCAGGACCUGAGUGAAAACAUUCAUCUUAUUUCAACAACAAAUGAUGAAGAAAACCUGUUGCUUGUUGAGCCGAUCGCAGCAGAGGUCCUGCUGGAAACCUACAAGAGGAAGCUUGCUGAUGAGGGGAGACUUUUCCUGGCUGAGUUUCAGAGCAUCCCCAGAAUUUUCUCAAGAUACACGGUGAAAGAAGCCAAGAAGUCCUGCAAUUCUGUCAAGAACCGCUACGUCGACAUCCUGCCCUAUGAUUAUAACCGUGUGCAGCUAACCACAGGAAAUGGAGAGCCAGGAUGCGACUACAUCAACGCCAGCUUCAUUGACGGAUUCAAAGAGUCCAAAAAGUACAUCGCAGCUCAAGGACCAAAGGAAGAAACUAUAAAUGAUUUCUGGAGGAUGAUCUGGGAACAACAGUCCUCAAUUAUCGUCAUGGUAACACGAUGUGAGGAGGGAAACAGGGUCAAGUGUGCUCAGUACUGGCCAUCGCCUGACCGAGAGACUGAGCUCUACGAGGAGUUUAUUGUGAAGCUGAACUCAGAGGACCACUACCCAGAUUACACCAUCCGCCGUCUCAGCCUGACAAACAAGAGAGAGAAGAACUCAGAGAGGGAGGUGACCCACAUCCAGUUCAUGAGUUGGCCUGACCACGGAGUCCCCGGGGAGCCACACCUCCUCCUGAAACUGAGGCGGCGCGUCAACGCCUUCAAGAAUUUCUUCAGUGGGCCGAUCGUUGUUCACUGCAGUGCGGGGGUCGGCAGGACAGGAACCUACAUUGGCAUCGAUGCCAUGAUGGAAGGUCUGGAGGCAGAGGGCAGAGUGGACAUCUACGGUUACGUGGUCAGACUCCGCAGACAGAGAUGCCUCAUGGUCCAAGUCGAGGCCCAGUACAUCCUGAUUCACCAGGCCCUGCUGGAGCACAACCAGUUUGGAGAGACAGAGAUCAGCCUGUCUGAGCUGCACAGCACCAUGAACACGCUCAAAGAGAAAAACUCGGACAACGAGCCCACGCUCAUGGAGGAGGAGUUUGAGAGACUCCCCACCUUUAAAAACUGGAGGACGUUCAACACAGGAGUGACCGAAGAAAACAAGAAGAAGAAUCGUUCGUCGUCGGUCAUCCCCUAUGACUUCAACCGCGUCUUCUUGAAGCUGGAUGAAGGACGAAGUCAGGACAGUGACCCUGACGAAGAUGAGGAGGAGGAAGAUUCUUCAGAUGAAGAGGAUGAAGACUCCACUCAAUACAUCAACGCCUCGCACAUCACGGGAUACUGGGGCUGCCGUGCCUUCAUAGUGGCGCAGACCCCACUGGCAGACACUGUGGGGGACUUCUGGUCGAUGAUUCACCAGAAGAAAGUUUAUACUGUCGUCAUGCUUUCAGACAGCAGUGAAGGAGACACGGACUGUGUUUACUGGGACAAAGAGAAGAAGAGCUUUGGGGAUAUUGAGGUGGAGGUGACGAACACAGACAACUCGCCAAAUUUCAUCAGACGCACCAUGCAGAUCCGCCACGCCAAGAGGAAAGACAGACGCGAGAUAAACCAUUUCCAGUUCCUGAAGUGGACGAGCAAAGAGGUGCCAGAGAAACCUCAAGACCUCACAGACAUGAUCAAGGACAUCAAGCAAAACUGUGGCACCAGCAAAUCACAGAGGAACAAUCCCAUAGUGGUCCACUGCGAUGACGGCUCGUCCCGUUCGGGGGUUUUCUGCGCCCUGUGGAACGUGCUGGACAACGCUGAGAGCGAGAAGCUGGUGGAUGUUUUCCAAGUGGUCAAAACGCUGCGUAAAGAGAGACAACGCAUGGUCUCCAGCCUGGAGCAAUACCAGUUCAUAUAUGAUGCCGUGGAGGCUGUGUUCCCCGUUCAAAACGGGGAAGUGAAACCGGUGCAGGCCUCUGCGGCUGACUCGGUGCAGAUCGUCAACGAGACGAAAGCGGCCGAGCAGAAAGACGAAGGCAAGGCUGAGGAGCCAGCCAGCACUACCAGCAAUGACCAGCAGGCGGCAGCAGAGAGCACUCCUCUGGUGUCUGAGGGAGACAAAGAAGAGAAGAAAGAGGAGGCGGAGAAAGAGGCCCCACCCACGGAGACCACGCCGCUGGAUGACACCAGCAACGGUCCCACUGUCACAGUGGAGGUGUGAGGGUGACGGCCGUGACUGUGUCCGCUGAUGGAAAUAAGCGCUUCAGUUGUUGCUUUUUUAAAUUACCUUAUGAAUGUAUAAACAUUGUAAAGCUUUUAGAUUUGUGGAAGAAUUUGACCAAAUAGCUCAUGUCAGUUUCCAAAAUGUUUGAUUUAAAUUAAGUUAUAAAUGUUUCUAGGAUACAAAUAUAAUUUCUCUCUUUUCACAAAGUUUACCAGCACAGCUGUCAUCAAACUAGAUCCUGGAUUUACUGGAUAUUUAAAGGCGUCUAACAACUAAAUCUGAAAUAUACAGCAGACCAGUUGUUUUGUCCUCUGUUGAUUUAGUUCAUCUUCUGUUUUCCUCUUUGGUACAUAGUGACAAGCAUUUUUGAAACAUUUAGUUAAAGUCAGUGUUUUAUGGCACACUGCGUUUUUUAUUACAGUUGUAUUUAUGCGUUGUAUUUGCUCACUGUCAUCGGCUUUGUUAAGCAUAUCUUUAAAGGAUAAAUAUGUUACUCACUCGGCUUCUUACUACAGGAACACUGAAAGGUUUGAAGUAUUUGUUGUAUAUUUCUCCCACUAAUGAAGUUGGAGCAACAUUUGAAUCAACAUUUUUUGGUUGUGCUGGUUUGAGUUUCUUUAGGUCACACCAGUAACAUAUUUGUGGAGCAGACUAGGUCAACAGUUUUCUUUUAAAUAAAUAAAUUUAUCUGAUGACCAUU